AUGGUCGUGGGCACGGUGUCUUCGGCCGGUUUGCCUCCCGGGUGGCAGGAAGUCCACGCGGAAGGGCAGGUGUAUUACUGGAACACGACGACGAACGCGACGACGUACGAUCGACCGACGAUCGAAUCUGCGGCGAUGAUGAAAGCACCGGAUAUGAGCUAUUUAGGGACGAGCGGCGCGCACUUCGAUCAAUUCGGCGCGGACGAUUCGUUCGGCGGGUUGGAUUACAACGCGCCGCCGCCAGACGCGUACGGGAAACACCAAGGGUUAACAAUUGAUAACACGUUCGGGAGCGAGACGCAAUCUGGGAAAGAGUACAGGAAGAUGCACGAAAUUACGGUGAAAGCGCCGCGGGGGGUUCAAGUGCCGGAUCCGAUGCAAGAUUUUGACGACGGGAAAGGGACGUGGCCGAGGAGUUUGUUGGACGCGGUGAAACGCGCAGGGUACGAGAAACCAACCGCGAUUCAAAGUCAGAGUUGGCCGAUUGCGUUGAGUGGGCACGAUAUUAUUUCCGUCGCGAAAACCGGGAGCGGGAAGACGUGCGGGUACUUGUUUCCCGGGUUUAUAAACAUUCAAAAGAGAGGCGGGAGAAGUCAAGGCGGCGGACCGAUGGCGAUCGUGUUAGCGCCGACGAGAGAGUUGGCGACGCAGAUUCAAGACGAGGCUUUGAAGUUUGGGAGCGCGGUGGCGUGUUAUUCCGUAGUCGUGUACGGCGGCGCGAGUAAAGGGUACCAGUUGAGAAGUUUACGAUCGCGACCGCAAAUCGUGGUGGCCACGCCCGGGCGUUUGAACGAUUUCCUAGAAAUGGGCGCGAUUGAUUUGAGAGAGAGCUCGUACGUCGUUCUCGACGAAGCCGAUCGGAUGUUGGAUAUGGGUUUUGAACCGCAAAUCAGAAAGAUUUUACAGAAAGUGCCGAGCGAGCGCCAAACGUUGUUCUUUACCGCCACGUGGCCGAAAGCAGUCAUUCGCGUCGCCACGGCUAUUUUGACCAAUCCAGUUCAAGUGAACAUCGGGGAUACCGAUCAGUUAGUCGCGAAUAAAGACAUCACGCAAAAAAUUGAAAUCUUGGGUGGCUUUGAUAAACAAAAGCGGUUGAUGGACAUUUUGAACAAUCCUCCGUGUCCGCAGCCACUGAAAGCGUUGAUAUUUUGCUCCACGAAGAAGAUGUGCGAUCAGUUGGGCAGAGCCGUCGGUGGUUUAGCCGCGGUCAUUCACGGCGACAAAGACCAACGCGAACGCGAUUGGGUGAUGAACUCGUUCAAAUCUGGUAAAUCGCCGGUAUUGAUCGCCACCGACGUCGCGGCGAGAGGCUUGGACGUCAAGGAGUGCAACUUGGUCAUCAACUUUGACUUCCCCGGUCAGAUUGAAGAUUACGUCCACAGAAUCGGUCGCACCGGUCGAGCUGGUGCCAAAGGGUGGGCGCACUCGUUCUUAGACCCGGGAGAAGGGAACAUGGCGAGAAAGUUAAUUCCAAUCUUAAGAGACGCGAACCAAGAUAUCUCGCCCGAGCUGGAAGAGCAAGCGAGGCGCGGCGGAGGCAGCGGAAAGGCACCAAAAGGAGGAAACGGAUGGGGCGGCGGACGCGGCGGUGGUCGAGGUCGAGGAGGUUACGGCGGUCGAGGCGGCGGCGGUUACGGCGGCGGUUACGGCGGCGGCGGCCCGGAUCGCGGUGGCUAUGGUGGCGGUCGAUCGAAUCCAUUCAGUCACGGUGGCGGUGGCGGCGGCUACGGUGGCGGUGGCGGCGGCUACGGUGGUGGCGGCGGCGGCUACGGCGGAGGUGGUGGCGGCGGCGGCGGCUACGGUGGAGGUCCGGGCGGCUAUUAA